AAAAGCAAAACAUCUCAUUCUAAUACACACAUUUCCAUAUAGAGACACACACACACACACAAACACUGCCCUGAGGAAAGUAUCUGAACAGCAGCAGUAGCCCCAAAACAGAACACCUUGUUACCUCACUCAUUACCAACUCACUAAAUGUCCUUAUAUCACUGAAAAGGUAAUUCAUCUCCUCUUUAAAAACACAGAUGCUUUUUCCACAACUUAACUUCAGCACAUAUUCAUAAACAAAAAAUUAUAAAGCAAACAAUGUUCACACCUUGAAACUGCAAUUGGUAUGCAAAUGCCCUGCCUCCCCUCUCCACUCACCGAGGCACCGUUUCAAAUGACAUCCAUUCGGUAAAAAGCACUCAUUUCUAAAUAUCCAAAUACCACUAUGAGAUGACAGGGUUGAAGGGCAACGCUUCCUUUACAGAAUAUAGCUAUGUAGCAAAUAUUAAGACAAUGGGUCAAGUGUUCUGUCUCUGUACCUCAGAAACUUAGGUCAUGUGACUGAUAUAUUAAUCUUGAGUUAACGGAUUAUGCAACACUAUACAUUUAAUAAAAAUGUUGGUGGAAAACUGGCAGCUGGGCUUAAUUUUUCAUUUCCAGGUUUGCAGAAACAUAAUGACAAAAUAGCUUGUCUGAGGAAGGCUGAGAGACAAAUUAGACCCAGAAAUGCUGGCAUCUUGUUGUACUGAUUUUUUUUGGAUGACUCCAGUUUAUUCCCAGCCCAUGUCUCUAUUGUGAAUAUUGUAUACAGUCAGGUUAGGCUCUCUUGUUUACACAGUACCUUCAUUGUACACAGGAAUGCAGUGAAUGCAGCUAUGGAGGUUACAGGUGUUAGAAAGUGGAAACUGAGAACAUCUUACUGAACAUGGGUAUAAACACAAUAUUAGAAUGAACAUAUGUAAAUAUAUCUGAAUAAAACUCCAAACACUACAUAUGUAAGAAUUCCCAAGAUUGUGCAAUAGAAUAGAGAAUACAUAAUGCAAAAAAGUGACCGUUAUUCCUGUUCAUAAUCACCUCUGAUAAACGAAAAAAAAAAGUUAGCCGUCAGGUUCAGUGGAGUACAGAACAUGAGCACAUUCCCUGUAUUAGUUUUGUAAAAAAGCAGCAGUAUGCAAGUAGGCUAUGUUGCACAUUUAGAUUUUUUUUUUUUUUUUUUUUUUAAAAAUAAGUAUUUAAAAAGGGUCAGCAUUCAGAUUGACAUAGUGUUGUUUAUGUAUUCCCAGUAAAAAAGCUUGUGAAUCUACAAUUGUAGAUGCUAAUGCAACACACACACACUGCAAACCAUAUGAACAAUACAGUAGGUAGCAGGCAUUUAAUAUUAGAUCCGAAAAUGUGGAAAAGUCAUUAGCAGAAUGCUCAAACUUAAUUAUGGAUCGUUAGAGUCAAGUCCAUUUUGCCCUAUUAUGGGAAACCUAAUAACAGUCUAAGUGAUAUUUGAUCUCCCCCUGAAUGCGGUGGAAGGUUAUGCAUUGACUGGCUCACUCGUGCUUUUUGAAUAUGAUCCACAUCUGCAGUAAAAUAUGAAGUCAUUCCUUUCAGGUACUGCUAAAAUAAAACACUUCUGUGGUCCGUUUCCUUGAGUCUGCCAGGAACAGACAACAGAAGAAUGCACUUACGCAAGCCCUAAACAUCCUAUCUUGAUAAAGGAGGAGAUAAGAAUGGUUUCUCAACAUUUACUCCUACUCUACAGCUUGGAAGCUUUUCACUGAUAGAGUGUACCAUCACUGCCAGUGUUCAUUUGCAGACAUUUAUUAAUAAUACCCCCUGCUUGGAAAAACAACUUCAGUGAAAGUCCAAACACUUGAAAGGUCACACUUUUCAGUGUUAUGUAUAAGAACACAUGCCGUAUGUGUCUUUAAACAAAGUUGAAUGAAACGUAUCAGGCAAAAAAAUAACAAAACCCAUUCCCAGCAAGCCAGCAAGUCCCUCCCCUAGAGAAACACGUUUCAACUGAAUAGUCCCCAAAAUACAAUGUGUCCCAGAGAAAGCAGACCUUUUGCUACCUAGUUGGUACAAAUAAAUGAUUACCAGGAUUAGUCAGAUUAGUGAAGGAACAUAUAUAUAACUGCUAUGCCCCCUGGAAGGGCAUUGCUAACCCUCAAGGAAUUCAGACAAUACAGGACACACACACAUACGUACACAGAGUGUGUUGUUAAAGUAGGUGGUUGAGAGUCUCACUGGGAUAGGAGCCAGGGAACAAUUGUCUGUAAAUUCUACAUAUUUUGCACAGCUGGGUUACUUAAAACAAGUUUCAAAAGCACAUCAAAGUACACAGGAGUGGCCAUAAUUUAAUCUAACAGGAGCCAUAAAGUGAUAAAAUUAAAUUCCCUUACUGUCCUGAUGUUGAGGUUAGCAUGCCAUUUACAACAGCAACAUGCAGAAUGAAAAACUGCCCUUUACCCUGUGUGGUUGGUAUUUUAUGUAGUCAGACAACAAGGAGGGGUUUCUGGAAUGGCAGUUGGCUGCCUUUUACUUUACAAACAAAGCUCCAACUGGGUUUCAACUGGGUGGUGCUAAAACCAGUGUGUGAGCUUUAUCUCAAUUUUUACUUGAAAUAAAUAAAUCAUAAUUUGAAUGCUGGGAAAGCCCAACACUUCUCAUCCUGUACGUGCUGAAUAUUACAGUAGGCAAAAGAUGGGCAUAAUGUAGAAGAGUCUGAACCAAAACAGCAAAGAAUGAAGUUGCCCCUCUCUCAAAUGAAGGGUCGGCCAGAGGUUAUUUAAUCAUUAAGCUCUAGCACUCUGCCUGGCAGUGGUGGAUGCAUGUAUUGUGUUUACCGGCACUCUCACGCCAAACCCAAGAGACAAGUUAAAUAAUCUCAAAUGGCCUCAUUACACAUGGAUGAGGGGGGAGAAAGACAUGUUACAGGGGGGUAGGGGAGAGAGAGACAGAGAGGUUACAAUAUCCACACAGAUAUAUUACUCCGCAACCAAUGCAACAUUUUAUUGAAACAACUGUAUGCGAUUAUAUAUACAAAAGUGAUGACACAAACAGUUUUUCAGAGACAGAGAAUUUAACCGCUGCAUGACUGGCUGACUUAUUCUCCUCUAAUUGGGUUAAAGAAAUCCGUUUUAAAACACACCCACCAGUCUCAUGAGAAAAUUGCUCAAUGCAUUACUACCAAUAAACAAGUCAGGGCAAAAGAAAGAGGAAGACAGAAUCCAUGUACAGCAACAAAUAAAAUAUCUGGUGCAAGGGGCGGAAACAGAGGAAGCGAAAAGCAGGAGGAAUAUAUUGAUACAGAACAGCACUGAAUAUUUAAGUGGGAUAUUUUUAUUUAAAAAUAGAAACAACGCACAGGCUGACUGCUGAUUCACUGAAAUAUGUUGCUCCUGCCUAGCUGCUGUUAAUGUUUAACAGGAUCUUUCCUUUCGGUCUGGGAUUAACAUUUUCAUCAGGUAAUUUUAGCAACACCCAGUGGGGCUGACCUAUUAUGGCACUGCUUAAUUCUGCCAAGCUAAGUUUCCUUAUCUGUUUGAGCAUAUGUCUUUGUACCUUAAUGUACAUGAAGACCAAGGUGCCCAGCCCACAGGCGGACGAAGCAGUGGAUACGGCAGUGUGCGGGAUUCACCCCGAUGACCUGUGCAUCUCCCUCUUCGAUGGCAAGGAGCUUGGGAGCGAAUGCCUGAAGCUCCACAAACCGGAAUCGCUUCUGCUGGGCACCAAGCUGAACUGCUCCCGCUUGGCAGAGGACCUGCAUUUCAUUACCAGCCCUCUAAGCAAAGAGGAGGAAGAAUACCCCCUGGCCUACAUCAUAACCAUCCACAAGGAGCUGGAUAUGUUCAUAAGGUUGCUCAGGGCCAUCUAUGCCCCUCAGAACGUGUACUGCAUCCAUGUGGACGAUAAGUCACCUGAGGAUUACAAAGCUGCCGUCAGGAGUCUGUCUGACUGCUUCUCUAACGUCUUCCUAGCUUCUACCACAGAGAAGGUGGUAUAUGGAGGAUUCUCCCGGCUUCAGGCCGACAUGAACUGCAUGAAGGACCUGGUAAGCUUCCCAGUGCCCUGGAAGAGUGUGCUAAAUCUCUGCGGUCAGGACUUCCCUACUAAAACCAACCACGACAUAAUUCAGAUCCUGCAGGGCGAGCAGUGGAGGGGGAAGAGUAUAACACCUGGGGUGAAGCAGCCACCCACCAUGAAGUAUAGGACAGAGAACCAGCACAAAGAGAUAAUGAACCCAAAGGGCCCCCACGUGCAGCCACUAAACUUAAAGAAAGGGAGGCCCCCACAUGACCUGGUCCUCUACUUUGGGACAGCUUACUAUUCUCUCACACGGCCAUUCGUAGAAUUCGUCCUACAGGAUCAGAGUGCAAAGGAUCUGCUGGAGUGGUCCAAGGACACCUACAGCCCAGACGAACACUACUGGGUGACACUCAAUCGUUUACCAGGGGCUCCGGGAGCAAACCCAGACGCAGGAUGGGAGGGCAACAUUCGCUCAGUAAAAUGGAGGGACCAGGAAAAAACGGUGCAUGACGGGUGUAAAGGUCACUAUAUUCGUGACAUCUGCGUUUAUGGACCUGGGGACUUGAAAUGGAUCAUAGAACAAGACAACAUGUUUGCCAACAAGUUUGAGCUGGAGACCUAUCCUCUUGCUGUGGUCUGUAUGGAGCGCUGGCACCGCCUUAAAGUCCUGGAGCAGACAAACAUCACCAUAAACCCUGCCUGGCAGCUACAGAAGGAGGGCUACUUCCAAAUGAGGCUCAACGCUUCUAUAGAGCAGUAGACACAGAACGCCGUGCUGUCUUCUGCAACAAGGGAUUGCACUGUUCUAGAUAAAAAACUACUUCAACAGAAAAAAAAAAGCUUCUAGAAAGCCACUUGUUGUUUUUACAGCUUUCUUUGCACUACAAAAACCAAGCCGAUUAUUAUUUAUUUAUUUAUUGCUGUUACAAGACUUAAAACAAGGAACAUAGGAUUAAGACACCCAAAGAAAUUCCAAUGGCAUACUGAAACACAUGGCGCUUCUUCAUAAACUGAAAGACUACUUGUGUAUAAAUGUGUAUAGGGCAGACUUCAAAUUAUAGUUGCCUCCAAAAAACAGGAAUGUAGAAAAUUUACUGAAUAUUAUCAUUAGUAGUAAUAAUAUUUAUUUAUUUAUUAAAAAGUUUUACUAUUUUAAGGUAAACAAUAACAACCGUGGUGUUUUUUUGUAUUCCAAGUGGCAUUCAGAGUUUAUUAAAGGGGGGGGGGGGCAAAGAGAAACCUUCAUUAAACCAAGAAAUAAAACAACGUAUAUAGUUGUAAUUAUAUUGAACAAAGCAGGUUGAUUAAGUACUGUAUGUAAAUUGAAAUAUGUUUACCACUUGCAUAAAGGGAACAGCCCUAAUAUAUCACCUACAGCGGUGUGUAAUGAAAAUGUAAUGUAAAAAUAAAUAGAAACGAUGUAUGAAGGUACUUCUUGCAAACUGCAAUUAUUAUUUAUUACCACAUUUCACACUUGAUUAAUGGAUAGUCACAAUAAUGUGUUUUAUGAUUGUAUGCACUACUUCACCAAUGGCACAUAUGUUUACCAAUAAAAUUUCUAGAUACCGCAUCUUGCUCUACAUGUUUUUAUUUCCAAUCUAGUUCUACAGAGAUUAACAAACUGCUGCAUGCCCCUUUGCUGCACAGACACAUCUUAUGUCAAACACAUAGCACACCGGCGAGAACAGAAGUAACGAUCUCAAAGCAAUAAAAGUGCUGAGAAUGUUGUCUACACAGGUUCCCAAACUUCUACGGUCACAUCUACCCGGCUGGUGCAGCUGGGGAAUUGUAGGGCCGGUGAAAAAAUCAUGGGAAAAGAAAUAUGUAAUCAUAACAGAAAGUCUGGGAUCUGCUUAACAGCUGGAAACCUUCAAGCUUUACUCCCUAUAAUAAAUACAUCAGUAUGAAUCCUGGUUAGUAAUUGCCAGUCUAGCACUAGAUCAAGGGAUCGAAUGAGAAUAUUUUCUUGGCAAUAGCCUGAGUGAAUGUCUCUGGCCUCCAAAACCCCCUCAACCGAGAUGAAAAUGGGACAUGCCUUGAAAUGUUAUGGAGUGGGUUCCCUGUAGGAAAUCCCCAUUUAGUCUUAAUUUGUCAGAGUGGCCCAGGGACCUUGAGUGAACAUGUAGAGUUCUUGUUCAAAUAUAUUCAACUAUGUAUCUCACAUGAGAAAGGAUUCAUUAAGACCUGAACAAGGUCAAGGACAAAUGCAAAGCAGCAUUCUCACUAGGCUAUCUACAUUCAGAACAGACAAUAUGGGCCAUAUUAUGAAGGGAUUCCUAAAGGCCAUGGGGAAGGGAUAGGGUUUUGCUUAUAUUUGGGUGGGGUCAAUAUUAUACCUAUUAAGGAACAACUUCACAAAAAAGAAUAAAUGAUAGUAAUAAACGCUUCUGAAGGCUAUCUGGAUUCCCCUCACCCCUCACCACGGUAGACUUAACAUGUUAGUUGUUGAUACAUUACCAGCAAAACAAACAAAUAUAUAUUAUUU